AUGGGAAUGCCCAUGGACGACAUCCACGCGCCAACGGUGCCAUCUGGCCCCACCUCCCGCCUGGGAGGCGAGCGAGAUAUCUCCAAGCUGAGCAUGAAUGAACUCUUCAAAGCAAAAGAACAAAUUGAAGAAGAGUUGAAAAUGCUCAGUGAAAUCUUGCAAUCUCAUGGGGUGAACAUGGAGACACCUUUAACCACCUUUGAUGGUUAUCCAAGAGAUGAUUUAGACAUUGCCCAGAUCCGGACGACCAGAGCCCGGAUUAUCUAUCUCCGAAAUGAUCACAAGGCUAUAAUGGCAAAGGUUGAACAAGGAGUACAUGCAUAUUUUGCCGAUAUCAGGAAUCGCGACACGUGUGACAAGAGUACCGGGGAUCAACAGCCGCCACCAACUACACACGACGCUACCGAAGAAGCCCCUGUAGACCAAAGUGGGCUAGUCGAGACACCGUUUGCCAAGGUUAGCAGUGUCGCGGAUGGCAGCCCGGCAGCGCAAGCUGGCAUGAAAGUUGGCGAUAAAAUUCGCAGCUUUGGGACUGUCAAUUGGAUGAACCACGAAAAUCUCAGAAAGAUAUCAGAAGUGGUUCAAAGCAAUGAAGGGAUGCCGUUGAUUGUUAAGGUCGCAAGGAGCGGUGAGCCAAGCCAGGCACUUGUCAAUCACACCUUACAACUAACUCCUCGCCGUAACUGGGGAGGACGUGGCCUGCUUGGAUGUCAUCUUGUCCCGCUCUAA